AUGUCUGAAGAAAACUCAUCAACAAUAAUCAAUGAUUCAUCCGGCGAAACGAAACGACGAACUAAUCCAAGAAAACGAUCAGUUCGAAAAAGACGAUCUCUUUACAUUGAACCAAAGCCAGUUUGUUUUAUCGGUCAAGGAAACAACGCUGAAUUAAUUGAAGAGAUUUUAAAGUCCAUCGGUUACGAAAAUCGGCCGGACAAAGUUGAUGAAUAUAAAUUCAAAUGGGUUCAAUGUAGCUAUGAAGUGAAUUGGAACUUGUUUAAAGAUGGAGAACAAAUUGUCAAUCAUAUCCAAGGGGAAGAUUAUUUUACAAACAAAUUACAAUUGUAUCAAUCGUUGCAAACGUACGAAAAUACAUCUCAAACGAUAAUCAAACGUCCACCGACAUACUUAUCAUUGAACGAAUACCUUCCUCAAACGUUUAAAUUAGAUGAAAAACACGAUCGAGAUAUUCUUUUCAAUUUACACAAACCUGGUGACGUUUGGAUUUGUAAACCAAGUUGUCUCAAUCAAGGAAAAGGAAUCUAUAUAGUACGAGAUAUCAGUUCAUUGAAAGAUAAAUACGAUCAGCUGGAAGCAAAUCCCAGAUCGAGAUCGAGUACAUUCAGACAACAAAAUAAAACAAUUGUUCAACGUUAUAUCAUGAAUCCAUUACUAAUUCACGGAAAAAAAUUUGAUAUUCGAUGUUAUAUGUUGAUCUCAAGUGUUCAGCCACUUCUCGUUCAUUAUCAUUCGGGUUACAUUCGACUUUCAAUGUUAUUAUCUGUUGAAGGUAUUUUAUCCUUGAAAGUUCGUCUAUUUCCAUUGAAGUACAUGCAAAAGAAAGAUCCGAAAUACUAUGAAAUGAAAGAAGAUACAGCUUGGACGAUGGAGCAGUUCAAUGAUUAUAUGAAUAAGUAUAUUUUACCGAAGAAAAAACUUCCUCCAAAUUGGGUUUUGGAAGUUUUACCUAAACAAAUUGAACGCAUCAUGUUAAACGUUAUCGAAAGUAUUCGAAUGCGAUUGAAACGACGUAUUGGUUGUUUUGGUUUGUAUGGUUAUGAUUUUAUGAUUGACGACGAUCUGAAAGUUUUGCUCAUUGAAAUCAAUGUUAAUCCAGCUCUAUCAACGAAUACAAAUACACUUGUCCAAGCGAUUCCUCCAGUUGUUAAAGAAUCAAUUUUAAUAUCAAUCGAAUGUUUUGAGAAGAUUCAUCAUGCAGAAAAGAUUUUUCCGCUGAAAUCUUUGCAAACAUUUCAAUGUAUUUAUAACGAAUUAGAACGAAAAUCUUCAUUACCAUUAAUCCGACAAAAACGUCAAUUAUCACCAUCGAAAGCAACUAUUACCAAUACAGAUGAUAAAGCUCUUCGAGAGAAGACAAAUUUUUUCUAUUCCGUCGACCGUACUCAAUUGAAUCAACAAGAAAAUGAGUUAUUAAGUACAUUACAUCGAUCACUAACACAUUCUCAAUUGAUGAGAACGUCCAAAUCAGUGAAUGAUAUCCAUCAAGUACAGAUUCAACGCCGUCCUUUAACAAGACCCAAAUCUAUUCGCUCAAGGUCAAAAUCUUCAAAUCGAAUCAAACCCAAUGAACCUGCUCAGUCUUCAUGA